AGCGAGCAGCAACAGCAGCCAUGGCUACAGGACGGUGCCUCUGGCUUUUCCUCUGGAAUAUCCUGUGUACAUCACACUGCAUCUACUUUCCGCCAAAUGAAGUUAAUCUCCUAGAUACAGCAUCGAUACAAGGAGAUUGGGGGUGGCUGACUUAUCCUCACAAUGGGUGGGAUGCUAUCAGUGAAAUGGAUGAGUACUUCACUCCAAUCCACACCUAUCAAGUCUGCAAUGUCAUGUCUCCAAAUCAGAACAACUGGUUAAGGACUAAUUGGCUCCAGCGGAAUGGGGCACGUCGAAUAUACAUUGAAAUAAAGUUCACUUUGCGAGACUGCAACAGUAUGCCAGGGGUUGUGGGGACCUGCAAGGAGACCUUCAAUCUGUAUUACUUUGAAUCAGACAGGGACAUUGGCAGCAAUAUCUGGGAGAACCAGUUUGUGAAGAUUGACACAGUGGCAGCUGAUGAAAGCUUCACCAAUGUCGACUUGGGAGUCCGAAGACUGAAAUUAAACACUGAAGUUCGUGGAGUGGGUCCGCUCAACAAGAAAGGUGUCUACCUGGCUUUCCAGGAUAUAGGAGCUUGCAUUGCGAUUGUGUCAGUGAGGGUUUACUACAAGAAAUGCCCGGCCAUGAUACAGAAUCUGGCUGUCUUUCCUGAUGCAGUGACUGGUGCUGACUCGUCCUCUCUGGUAGAGGUACAAGGUCAGUGUGUGGACCACAGCGAGGAGAGAGAUACACCGAAGAUGUAUUGCAGUGCAGAGGGGGAAUGGCUUGUUCCCAUUGGGAAAUGUGUCUGUAGUGCUGGCUAUGAGGAGCAGAGAGAUAGCUGCCGAGCCUGUGAGCCUGGGUUUUUCAAGUCAAGCUCUGGAGACCAGCUCUGUGCGAAAUGUCCUCUACACAGUCACUCUGAUGUGAUGGCUGCUCUCUUCUGCCAGUGUGAUACCAACUAUUACCGGUCUGCUUCUGACCCUCUGUCUGCACCUUGUACCAGACCUCCCUCUGCCCCAGUAAAUGCCAUGUCCACUGUGAAUGGAACCACAGUGACCUUGGAGUGGAGCCCACCCUCCAGUAAUGGAGGAAGGAGCGAUGUCCGGUACAACAUUAUCUGCAGGAAGUGUGCGUGGGAGGCAAGCCAGUGUGAAGCAUGUGGCAACCGAAUCCGAUUCAGCCCGAAGCAGAUGGGGCUGACACAGCCCGCUAUCAGUGUGAUUAACCUGUUAGCGCACACCAACUAUACCCUGACAAUCGAGGCAGUGAAUGGAGUCUCUGACCUCAGCCUGGAGUCCCGGCAGUUUGUUUCACUGAAUGUUACCACAAACCAGGCAGCUCCGUCCCAGAUCUUGGUGGUCAAACAGGAAAACACCAGCCAGAACAGUGUGACAUUAAUGUGGCAGGAGCCAGACCAGCCCAAUGGCAUCAUACUGGAAUAUGAAAUCAAAUACUUUGAGAAGGGUAAGGAACAGCAGAGUUACUCCACACUGAAAGCCAGGGGAACAAGUGUGACAGUCUCCAACCUGAAACCUGGAACUCGUUAUGUAUUUCAGGUCCGAGCUCGUACAUCAGCUGGGUGUGGCCGAUUCAGCCAGACCGUCGAGAUUGAAACUGCGAAAUCAGUUUCACUCCGAUAUGAUACCACUACAAUCAUCUGGAUAUGUUUUGCUUUAGUGACUGGGCUUAUCGUUCUCCUGGCAAUGUUUAUCUGCAGGAAAAGAAGGUGUGGGUACAGUAAAGCAUUUCAAGAUCCUGAUGAAGAAAAGAUGUAUUAUCAAAAUGGGCACCUCAGAUUCCCUGACCCGAAGAUUUAUGUUGACCCUCACACCUACGAAGACCCAGGCCAAGCGGUCCGUGAAUUUGCCAGAGAAAUAGAAGCAUCACGAAUAAAAAUUGAAAAGGUUAUUGGCUCAGGUGAAUUCGGGGAGGUGUGUUAUGGUCGCCUGAAGCUGCCAGCAAAGCGAGAGAUCCCUGUGGCUUUAAAGACACUCAAAUCAGGAUACACUGAGAAACAGAGACGGGACUUUCUGAGUGAGGCCAGCAUCAUGGGACAGUUUGACCAUCCAAACAUCAUUCGGUUAGAAGGAGUCGUGACCAGAAGUAAACCAGUGAUGAUAGUUACUGACUAUAUGGAGAAUGGAUCGCUGGAUUCAUUUCUGAGGAGACAUGAUGGUCAGUUCACCGUCAUCCAACUUGUUGGAAUGCUUCGUGGGAUAGCGGCUGGAAUGAAGUAUUUGUCAGACUUGGGAUACAUACACAGGGACCUUGCAGCACGAAAUAUCCUGGUCAACAGUAACUUGGUGUGUAAAGUGUCAGACUUUGGUCUCUCUCGAAUUUUAGAAGAUGAUCCAGAUGCAGCUUACACCACAACGGGAGGAAAGAUCCCAAUCCGCUGGACGGCUCCUGAGGCCAUUGCUUACCGCAAGUUCUCCUCGGCCAGUGACGUCUGGAGUUAUGGAGUUGUGAUGUGGGAGGUGACAUCGUAUGGAGAAAGACCAUAUUGGAAUAUGACAAACCGAGAUGUAAUUAAAUCUGUUGAAGAAGGUUACCGUCUUCCAGCUCCCAUGGGCUGUCCUGCAGCCCUCCAUCAGUUAAUGCUGGACUGUUGGCAGAAAGAUCGCAGUGAGAGGCCCAAAUUUUUCCAGAUCGUCAGUGUAUUGGACAAACUCAUUAGGAACCCCACUGCCCUCAAGAUUCUUGAUACCACGAGCAGACUGAACAGUCCUCUGCUAAACAGAAACAUUCCCAACUACACAUCCUUUGCCUCUGUGGAUGAAUGGCUGGAUGUCAUUAAAAUGGGACGCUAUAAAGACAACUUUGCAGCUGCAGGUUAUUUAUCACUGGGCCUGGUAAUGAGAAUGAACCUGGAGGACGUCCGAAGACUUGGAAUAACGUUGAUGGGACAUCAAAAGAAAAUCCUUACCAGCAUUCAGAUCAUGAGGGAACAGCUAAUAUGCUCAAAUGGCCCAGGUAUCCAUGUAUAG